CUUCAAAUUUUGUUCAUGAGUAACUUAUCUUUUAUUUUGCCUGCACCCUUCUUCUCAGGUGGUUCUGUUUUCCUUUUUGAUCGGAAGGAAUUAAGAUACUUCCGGAAGGAUGGACAUAAUUGGAGAAAGAAGAAGGAUGGGAAGACUGUUAGGGAAGCCCACGAGAAGCUGAAGGUUGGAAGCAUUGACAUGUUACACUGCUACUAUGCACAUGGAGAGGACAAUGAAAAUUUUCAAAGACGCAGCUACUGGAUGCUUGAACAGGAUCUCAUGCACAUCGUUUUUGUCCACUACUUGGAAGUCAAGGGUAAUAAGACGAACACGUGUUAUGCUAGAAACAAUGAAUCAUCUGUGUCAAAUUCUGAAGAUGACAGCUCAUCAUCUUCUUGCUUCCGUGGAAAUUAUGACAAAAUUGUUUCCGCAAAUGCAACCUCAUCAAGUCCCAUCAGCACCCUGACAUCAGCAUAUGAAAGUAAUGAAUCUGAGGAUAUUCUCCAAGUGAAUUCCAGAUUUGAUUCGUAUCCAGAGUCACCAUUGACAGACGACAGUCACACCACCCAUUCAAGUCCUUAUGAUUCGCUUCCAUGCCCAGGAAAUCGAAAUGUUGCUGCAAUGAAAUACUCAGCACUUGGGCAUAGAUAUGAAAACUUUGAUGGAGGCAAUGUCAUAUGUGGGGCUCAAACAAAACUUGAUUUGGAAUCAUGGGAGGAUGUUUUUGGACACUGUACUGCAGGUGAAACUGCUUACAAACAGGAAUCUGGGUGUUCACUGCCAGUCCAAGCAAAUUGGCAGGAAAAUUCAAUCGAGCAAAGUAACUUUCAGAUGCUGAACUCGCAUUCAGAUAUUUGGAAUCUGAUGAAGCCACAUGUGGAGAAUGACAUGUCUCCUGUUGUUACAGAAAACUGCUCUUUCUUACUGAAAAAACCUCUGAUAAGUGGGUUACAAACGGAAGAAAGCUUGAAGAAAGUUGAUAGCUUUUCCCGUUGGGUUGCCAAAGAACUUGGAGAAGCUGAUGAAUUGCGUAUGGAGUCGAGUAAUGGAAUUUCAUGGAGUAUUAUGGGGGCUGAGGAUUAUCCCAGUGUGCCAGCUCAACUACAAGAGGAUUUGGAUGCCCUCAGUCCUUCUCUCUCCCAGGACCAGCUAUUUAGCAUUAUUGAUUUUUCACCAAACUGGGCUUACUCAAACUUGGAGACUAAGGUCCUGAUAUCUGGAACUUUUCUCAAGAGUGAACAAGAAAUAGCAAAUUGCAGAUGGUCAAUUAUGUUUGGAGAAUUGGAGGUCCCAGCAGAGGUUUUACCUGACGGGCUUCUUUGUUGCCAUGCCCCACGGCACAAGCCUGGACCUGUCCCUUUCUACAUAACUUGUUCUAACAGAUUGGCUUGUAGUGAAGUACGAGAAUUUGAAUAUAGGUUUGGACCUAAUCAAAAGAUUGAUGCUGAAGAUGAAUCUGAAGGAACUUCUGAGAUCCAAUUCCGUCAACGUUUUGAGAAGUUAAUGUCCCUGAAUCUUGUCUGCAACACUCACAUCUUGGAAAACGAUACGGGGAAACAAAAUCUAGUCAAUAGAAUAUUUUCUUUGAUGGAAAGGGAGAACCACCAAGAGGCGAAGGUGACGUCAGAAAAUUAUAUUUCACAGCCAAAGGUGGCGGGGGAGCUGUUCCUUGAAAAGCAGUUAAAGGAGAAGUUCUAUUCUUGGCUUCUCCACAAAGUAACUGAAGAUGGCAAAGGGCCAAAUGUUUUUGAUGAGGGAGGUCAAGGCGCUUUGCAUUUAGCAGCUGCUCUUGGUUAUAAUUGGGCCCUCCUGCCAAUUAUAGUUUCAGGAGUUAGUAUAGAUUUUCGUGAUGCGAAUGGAUGGACGGCACUUCAUUGGGCUGCAUCUUGUGGAAGGGAGGACACAGUUGCUUCCCUCAUUUCUCUGGGUGCAGCUCCUGGAGUACUAACGGAUCCUUCCUCUGAACAUCCAUUGGGUAGAACUCCUGCAGAUCUGGCUUCUGCCAGUGGACACAAGGGAAUAUCUGGUUUUCUUGCUGAGACUUCCUUGACCACACACCUUACGUCUCUGACGGUGAAUGAUCCACAAGAUUAUGAUACCUCUGAAGUUUCUGAAGUGAAAGCAAUACGGACAGUUUCAGAGCAUGUCGCAAUUCCAACAACUGAGCAGGAUGUGCCAGACAUACAUUCGCUAAAGGAUUCACUUGCUGCUGUCCGUAAUGCUACUCAAGCAGCUGCUCGCAUUCACCAAAUCUUUCGGAUUCAGUCGUUCCAGAGGAAACAGUUCAAUGAACAGAGCUUUGAUGAGCUGGUGACCCCAGAAGAGCAUGCUGUUUCACUUGUAGCUGCUAAAACGAGCAGGGUAGGUCAGAAUGAUGGCACAAACAAUGCUGCUGCCUUACACAUUCAGAAAAAGUUCCGUGGAUGGAAAAAGCGCAAAGAAUUUCUUUUAAUUCGACAGAAAAUUGUUAAAAUCCAGGCUCACGUAAGGGGGCAUCAAGUCAGGAAAAAAUAUAAACCUAUUGUCUGGUCGGUGGGAAUUCUGGAGAAGGUGAUUUUGCGCUGGAGACGGAAAGGAGCUGGUUUGCGUGGAUUUCAACGGGAUGGGGUUCUAAAAGGACCCAGCACGCAAGGCUCACUGCAACAGGAAGACGAUUACGACUUUCUGAAGGAGGGAAGGAAACAAACUGAAGAAAGGUUGCAAAAAGCACUCGCUAGGGUUAAGUCCAUGACUCGGUAUCCAGAAGCACGAGCUCAGUACCGUAGAUUGCUGACAGCUGCUGAAGGAUUACGUGAAACUAAGCAGGAUGCUUCGAGUACGAAUGAAAACAACCUGGAUGAUACAAUUUUCCCUGACGACGAGCUUAUUGAUGUUGAAGCUUUGUUGGAUGAUGAUACUUUCAUGUCUAUGACAUUUCAGUGAGCAGAAUCCAAGUACACCUAUAGAAUUUGCAUAGCUUUUGUCGUUGCAGAAAUAAUAGACUGACUGAUAUUCAUUUAUAUUUUGUAUAUAUUCACAAGCAGCUGCAUUGUAGAACGUGUAAAAUGACAUCAU